AAAUGUCGUACGCGACGUAAAAUAAGCCGCAAAUUAAAGUCAUUUCCUUAAAAUCUUCAAUGUGUGUCCAACAUUCAGUAGAUUAUUUCAGUAGAUGUGAACGUAUCUGAGAUGGUGGAUGUUCGACAAGGAAGAGACAUGUUUCUUCGGCGAGCUCUGGAGAAAAUUCUCAACGAUAAAGAAACGAAGAAAUCGUAUAAUUCGCAGCUGAGAAAGGCAUGUCAAGUUGCUUUGGAAGAAAUCAAUCAAAACAGUGAUAAAGGAGAGCAGCAGCAAAAUGCAUCGGGGGCGUUACCUCUUCCUAAGACACAGGUCAAUUUCAUUGCAGCCGAUCGGUAUUUUCUACCGUUUGAGCUUGCCUGUCAGUCUAAGGCCCCCAGGAUUGUCAACACUGCAUUGGACUGCCUCCAGAAAUUGAUCGCCUAUGGGCAUCUUACUGGUGAUGGACCAGACAGUACUAUGCAAGGCAAGAAACUCAUUGAUCGUAUCAUUGAGACCAUAUGUGGCUGCUUCAUUGGUACACAGACGGACGAAGGAGUACAGCUUCAGAUCAUUAAGGCACUCUUGACGGCUGUAACCUCACCCACCUGUGAGGUACAUGAGGGUACAUUAUUGCAGGUACUGAGGACCUGUUAUAACAUCUACCUGGCUAGUAAGAACCUAGUCAAUCAGACUACUGCUAAAGCAACCCUUACACAGAUGCUCAACGUUAUCUUCAAUCGCAUGGAGAUGCAGGCAGUUGCUGAUGCCAAGGUCAAAGCUGAAGGUGAGGCCGAGGCCAGACGUCAGAGCAAAGACUCUGGAUCAUUGCUUGAUGAUGCAGAGAAGGUUGACGUAGUGUCCGCCUUUGGAGAUAUGACUGAUGGUGGCUCAAAGCCAUCAGAUGAAGCUGUCUUACCUACAGACAAAGUACCAGAUUCUGAGGGGAGCACUGGGAAUCAUAUUGGAGAGGCUGUGGAGACUCCCCAAGGCUCAAAUGAGGAAGACGUGCAAGCCGUUGUUUCAUCAAUCUUAGAUGGUAUCUUAGAUGGCAUCUCCCCAGAGACGACCUCAAAUGGAACCAAAGAUGAUGGUGCGACCCCGGAGACGACCUCAAAUUUAACCAAGGAUGAGGAUCUGACCCCGGCGCAGCCAGAUCCAACGCCACCCACCAGCACAUCACCCCCACCGCCUCCUACAAACUCAGCCCCCAGCCCUAUCCCACCUGUAGUAACGACGUUACCUCCUAUUGGUGAAGAUAAUGAUGUGGACACGGAGGAACCGUUCUCACAUAUUCUUCAGAAAGAUGCCUUCUUGGUUUUCCGCUCACUUUGCAAACUGUCGAUGAAACCGUUGCCAGACGGUCCUGCAGACCCAAAGUCUCAUGAGCUUCGGUCCAAGGUUCUGUCUCUACAUCUUCUGCUUUCUGUUCUGCAGAACGCUGGUCCUGUAUUCCGCACAAAUGACAUGUUCAUCACUGCCAUUAAGCAGUACCUGUGUGUAGCGUUGUCUAAGAAUGGUGUCUCGUCAGUACCAGAGGUCUUUGAGUUAUCCUUGGCAAUCUUCCUGACCCUCCUCAGUCUCUUCAAGACUCACCUUAAGAUGCAGAUUGAGGUUUUCUUCAAGGAAAUCUUUCUUAACAUUCUUGAGUCCUCAACAAGUUCCUUUGAGCAGAAGUGGAUGGUGGUGCAAGCACUGACCAGGAUAUGUGCAGAUGCCCAGUGUGUUGUAGACAUAUACUUGAAUUACGACUGUGACCUAUCAAGUGCAAAUAUCUUUGAGCGUCUAGUCAGUGACCUGUCCAAGAUUGCUCAGGGACGUCAUGCGAUGGAGCUGGGUGCCACACCACAACAGGAGAAGCGUAUGCGCAUCAAAGGACUGCACUGUUUGGUGUCGAUCCUAAAGUGUAUGGUGGAGUGGAGCAAAGAUUUGUACAUCAAUCCAAACAUUCAAGCUAACCUAGGUCAAGAGAAAGCUGUUGGUGGUGACCAGGCUGACACAGACAGUGGUCAAGGUACGAUGACCAGCUCUGGCAGUCAAGGGUCACUCAACUCUACUCAUUCAAACUCUACAACAAACCUGCAAGCACAGACUGCACCCAUGAUGGACAGCCCCGAGCAGUUUGAGAGUCAGAAACAACAGAAAGAAAUCAUCGAGCAAGGAAUCGAAAUGUUCAACAAGAAGGCCACGAAAGGAAUCAACUUCUUACAGGAGCAUGGCAUUCUAGGCAAGAGACCUGAAGACAUUGCAGAAUUCUUCCACAGAGAUGAUCGGCUCAAUACCACUGUCUUAGGAGACUACAUGGGAGAAAAUGAUAAACUCAAUAAAGAGGUGAUGUAUGCCUAUGUGGAUCAGAUGGACUUCAUGGAUAAGGAUUUUGUGUCAGCCCUAAGAGCGUUCCUCCAGGGUUUCCGUCUUCCUGGUGAGGCUCAGAAGAUUGACAGGAUGAUGGAGAAGUUUGCUAGUCGCUACGUUGAGAAUAACAAUAGACAGACAGUCUUUGCUAGUGCCGACGUUGCCUAUGUGUUAGCCUAUUCCAUUAUCCUGCUAACUACAGACCUACAUAGUGCACAGGUCAAGCACAAGAUAUCCAAAGAUGAUUACAUAAAGAUGAAUCGAGGGAUCAAUGACAGUAAAGAUCUGCCGAGAGAAUACUUAUCUGAGAUCUACGAUGAGAUCGAAGAUAAUGAGAUCAAGAUGAAACCAUCCACCAGUAACAAGCACGUUACAACAAAUGUGACUAGUGAGAAACAGCGGAAGUUAUUAUAUAACAUGGAGAUGGAAGCUAUUGCCAAUACCUCUAAGGUUUUAAUGGAGAGCGUCAGUCACGUACAGACAAGCUUCACUAGUGCUACACAUCAUGAACACGUUAGACCAAUGUUCAAAGUUGCCUGGACACCUUUCUUAGCGGCCUUCAGUGUUGGCUUACAGGACUGUGACGACCCUGAGAUAGCUGCCCACUGCCUAGAUGGGAUCCGAUGUGCGAUACGCAUCGCCUGUAUCUUCAGGUUAGAGAUGGAACGGGAUGCUUAUGUGCAAGCUCUGUCAAGGUUCACUCUGCUGACGGCAAACUCCUCCAUCACAGAGAUGAAGACUAAGAACAUUGAUACUAUCAAGACGUUGAUCACUGUCGCUCAUACAGAUGGGAACUAUCUAGGCAAGGCAUGGUUGGAGAUCCUAAAGUGUAUAUCGCAGCUGGAGUUAGCUCAACUCAUUGGUACUGGUGUCAAGAGGAAAUUCCUGGCCGGGACUGGCAACCAAUCAGGGGGUCAUAGGAGCUCUGGACAUCAUAAUGAUCUCUUGGAGUCAGGAGAUGUUGCGAGAGUUGCCAACAUGGAUCAGAAGAGGAUGGCUAGUCUCCAGGAAGCUAUGGGGGAAACCUCCUCACAGGGCAUUGUGGUAGCUGUGGAUAGAAUAUUCACUGGUUCUACACGGCUGGAUGGAGAUGCUAUAGUUGAUUUUGUGCAAGCGUUAUGCCAGGUGUCCCUGGAGGAGUUACACGCAACCAAUACAUGUAGAAUGUUCAGCUUAACUAAGAUAGUAGAGAUCUCUUACUAUAACAUGGGUCGUGUACGUGUGCAAUGGUCUCGAAUCUGGAGCAUACUGGGUGACCAUUUCAACAAGGUGGGGUGUAAUCCUAAGGAAGAUGUAGCAUUCUUUGCCAUUGAUUCUUUGCGGCAGCUGUCCAUGAAGUUUCUAGAGAAAGGAGAAUUGCCCAACUUCAAGUUCCAGAAGGAGUUCCUGCGACCAUUUGAGUACAUCAUGAAGAAAAACAAGUCACCCACCAUCAGGGACAUGGUUGUCCGAUGCAUUGCUCAGAUGGUGAAUUCACAAGCAGUCAAUAUACGCUCUGGCUGGAAAAACGUCUUCUCAGUCUUCCAUCUUGCUGCAUCGGAUCACGAGGAAAGCAUAGUGGAGCUUGCAUUCCAGACCACUGGAAGCAUUGUCACCAAUGUAUUUGAGAAAUACUUUGGUGCAACGUUAGAUUCAUUCCAAGAUGCAGUCAAGUGUUUAUCAGAGUUUGCUUGCAACGCAGCCUUUCCUGAUACUAGCAUGGAGGCUAUAAGGCUCAUCCGGAGCUGUGCUAAAUACGUCAUGGAAAAACCACAGAUGUUCCGAGAGCAUGUGGGAGACCAUGAGACGCCAAUCAGUGAAGAAGAUCGGAUAUGGGUCAAGGGAUGGUUCCCCGUCCUCUUUGAGUUAUCCUGUGUAAUCAAUAGGUGUAAACUGGAUGUCAGAACAAGGGGACUGACGGUGAUGUUUGAGAUCAUGAAGAGCUAUGGAGAUACAUUUCAGCAACAUUGGUGGAAAGAUCUCUUCAGAAUCGUCUUCCGCAUCUUUGAUAACAUGAAGCUACCUGAGCAAGUCUUAGAGAAAACUGAGUGGAUGAUGACGACGUGUAACCAUGCGUUGUUUGCCAUUGUGGAUGUCUUCACACAGUACUUUCAAGUCCUUAGUGAGAUUCUACUGGAGGAGCUGCUGCAGCAAUUACUGUGGUGUGUUCAGCAAGAUAAUGAGCAGUUAGCACGUUCAGGAACCAACUGCCUGGAGCAGCUAGUCAUCUGUAAUGGUCCGUCUUUCACUCCAGCUACAUGGGAUCGCGUCUGUACCUGCAUGCUAGACAUCUUCAAGAGUACCAUACCGCAUGGCUUGUUGAGUUGGCGACCAGAGGAGCAGCAUCUUGACAACCCACCAGUGAAGGAUCCAGACUGUGUCAGUAGAGACUCUUUACCAACACCAGAUCAUGAAUCUCCUUCCAAUGCCCCCUCUGGUUCUCCGAUCUCAACGGAGGUCGAUCAACAACCUCAACCUCAGCCGACAGAGCGAAGGAAUGAUCUCAGGAGAGCCGGUAGUGUGCAUAGUGUUGCUAGUGCUACUAGCAUGGAGAGUAAGACUAGCAGUAGAGCUAUGGAGAUUCAUAAAACCCCAGCCGACCAGAAGAUUUUCUCCAACCUUCUCAUCAAGUGUGUUGUACAACUAGAGCUGAUUCAGACCAUUGAUAACAUUGUAUUCUUUCCCGCUACAAGUCGCCAUGAAGACGCUGACAAUCUUAAAGCAGCUCAGGAUAAUUCCAUAGAUGCGUUAUCCAUCUCAUCCGAAUCGACGUUGAGUGGGGACGAUCCGGGCAUGUAUAGAUUCCUCUCAUCAAGUCAACUAUUCCUUCUACUUGACUGCCUUAUGGAAUCACACGGCUUCGCUAAGGAAUUCAACAGCAAUAAUAACCAGAGAGAACUACUCAGAUCGGCUGGUUUUCGUGGGAAGAACAAGCCCAAUCUCUCCACGCAGGAAACAGAGAGUUUAAAAAGCUGCCUACGUCUACUGUUUAAGAUGUAUAAUGAUGAAACCAGGCAGGCAGAGUGGCCAUUGAUUGAAGAGAAACUACUCAGUGUUUGCCGAGACGCAUUGGAAUAUUUCAACUCAUUAGAUUCAGAGAGUCAUCGAGCAGCCUGGAAGUCACUCCUUGUGUUGCUACUCACUAAAGUACUAAGAAUGAGUGACGAUAGGUUCAAAAUCCACGCAUCUCAGUACUACAGCCAAAUGUGUGACCUCGUCAUGUUUGACCUUCGACCUGAACUCAGGUCAAUUUUCCGGAAGUUCCUCCUGCGUACGGGGGUGGUCUUUAAUAUCACCUCCAGCCCACGGUGAUAGGCCAAGCACAUUGCCACACAGAGGGGGGUCACAUAUGGUGACGCACCCAGUGAUACACACGGUGACACACAGGGGGGGGUCACAUAGGGUGAUGCAACCAGUGAUACACACGGUGACACACACAGGGGGGUCACAUAGGGUGAUGCAACCAGUGAUACACACGGUGACACACACAGAGGGUCACAUAGGGUGAAGCAACCAGUGAUACACACAGCGCCACACACGGUGAGACCCCAAAGCAUCACACCUAGUGAGAAUCACUGCAAGGCAAGAGGUGGGACUGUUUUCAUCUGUAAAUAUUUUUUCCUGAUUAUUACCGAGAAACUGGGAGUGUGCAGGAUGGGAUGCAGAGGAGCAAUCAAACAUCGGGAGCAGUUUUGUAGCCAUGGUGGGCAGUGUCGGGCAGGCCUGCCCAGAACUAACAAAUUUUGCCAAGCACUCUGUUU